UCAGACAUUCACACAAAGCCAAAAGGUCCACUCAAGUCAGUGCAAAAUAAGUGCUGAAGAAAACACAACAUGGUGCAAGAGCAUCGCUCAGGGCACUUUAGCAUUAUAACUCAAUGGUGACAUAUUGACAAACAUUACAAAAGAGUAGUGGUUUUCUAUCCUUCGUUUUAGCAUUCAACCAAAAAGAAUCCAAUAUUCCCAAGGCAAGUGCUGAGAUUAGUGCUUUGAUGUCGAGAUUGCCUAAACUGAAUUUCACGAAUGCACAGAAAUCCAUUCAAUUGGAUGGUCUCUAGUCUAGACAGUGCCGAAAUUCAUUUGGACUGCUUUGAAGAAGAACAAACUAUUUUUACCAUUCAUCGAAGAAUUUUCUCACAUCAUUUAGCAGAUCAUUGAGAGGAGGAAGUAAAUGUUUCGGGAACGCACUCUAAUUUUAGCGAAGUGCUGCGAUGUUAGUUCGGUAUGUGGAUUCCUGUGUAGUGUAGUGAAAGUGAUUAUCAAAAACUAAAAACUUUCGGCUCGAUAGUCUGGACGGUAGAGUACGGCACUGCGCUUACGCGAAGGUCAUCUGCGGAAAAUGGAAUCUGAUGUUCCCUAACAAGAGCUCUCCGUUUCGAAGCGAUGGGACUAGUGUUUGUCAAGUUCCAAGAACCAACUCCGAAUAAAAAUCGAUAUACGGCUGUAGGAAUCUCAAAACGACACAGGAAGUGGCUGUUGUACUGCACGAAAGUGUGAAAAGCUGAAAGAAAUCAAUUUCGGUGAUUAAUGUGUUGCUAUGCCCACUGGAGCUCUAGUUGAAGAGUUGGUGCGCUGUGCAUCCAGAACGUAGUGCGUUGAUUGAAUAAUGAUUAUGUAGCCAUCAGUGUGGAGGCUACAAAACGCGAGAGAAUCAAAACAGAAUACACAUAUCUACCUUCCCUGCACAUAUCGCAGUUAGUAUUGCGGGAAGGCAAGGGAGCAGUUUUUGGUGACCAAUUAAAACCUGUGUUGCUUUUCUUUUGUUAAAACAGUGAAGAACGCGAAAACGCAGCACCAAUGAAAAAAGUAAUGAUACCAUCGUUGGAUAUGAAAAAGAGUGUUUCGGUCAAAGUAGAUAGUGAUUUGACAUUGCUAUUAUCGAGUGGAGUGUACGAAAUUAAAAAAAUGGAGCCCCGCAGGCGGCUCCGUCCCAUAGUGAUAAUCUGCUUAUUUCUCACCAUUGCCGGUAUCAUCGGGUUCGGAUACUUCUGCCCGGAUCAGGUGUGUGCCCUCUCGCGACGCCAGGAUCUCAUCACCGCGUACGAGCAUGACAAUCUGGGCAAACCGGUGCAGCAAAACUUGCUGGCCAAUCCGGGACUCAGCUACGAGGAAGUCCUGAACGAUGACUUCCAGUUCGAUAUGAACGCCCACGAUGUGAUGGUGUUUUUGCACAUCCAAAAAACAGGCGGAACCUCCUUCGGAAAGCAUCUGGUACGGGAUUUGGAUUUGAAGCGACCGUGCACUUGUCAGCGAAAGAAGAAACGGUGCUAUUGCUUCCGACCGCACCGCAAUGAGAAUUGGCUGUUUUCGCGGUACUCAACGGGCUGGAAGUGUGGCCUGCAUGCUGACUGGACCGAAUUGACCGGAUGUGUGGACUCCGAGCUGGACAAAAACGAAGGCGAAACGGCCAAACGGCGCUACUUCUACAUCACACUGCUGCGAGAACCGAUCGCACGGUAUCUGUCCGAGUUUCGCCAUGUUCAACGCGGGGCAACCUGGAAGAAUUCUCGCCAUUGGUGCCUGGGGCGUACGGCGACACCGGAUGAGCUGCCGCCAUGCUACAAUGGUGAAAACUGGAACGGCGUGCCGUUGGAUGAAUUCGCCGGCUGCGAGAGCAAUCUGGCAGCCAACCGGCAGACUCGCAUGCUGGCCGACCUGGCGCUGGUUGGCUGCUACAACAAAACCUACAUGCCAUCGGCGGAGCGCGACCGCAUCAUGCUGGCCAGUGCCAAGCGCAACCUCGCUGCCAUGUCCUACUUCGGUCUUACCGAGCACCAAAAAAUCUCCCAGUAUAUCUUCGAGGAAACGUUUAAUCUACGCUUCGCGAUACCGUUCGAACAGCACAACAACACCGUCUCGACGAGCACCAUGAACAGUCUGACGGCCGAGCAGCGGGCCAAAAUUGAUAAGCUAAAUGCACUCGACAUCGAGCUGUAUGCAUUCGCGAAGAAAUUAAUGUUCCAAAGAUUCGAAAGACUUAAAGCCAAAGAUAAUGAUUUUAAUGUAAGAUUCACGCAUUUAGGUAACCUAGGCAUAAAAAACGGCGUUACCGAGUUCAACUGGGACAGCAAUAUUGACGAGGCGCCCAGCAGUGAACACCACUGAUAUACAGGGGUAAGGACUCGUACCGAAGUGACAGUCCCGCACAAUCCUUCGUACAACUACAGCAUAAAGAUGAUUCCGAAAUCGUUGCCAUUUCGUCGUCCCUCAGGAGGACGUCCCGCCGCCUGGACGCCAUCAUCGUCGUCUCCAUUGACAUUUACUAUCGAUAAGUUCGUUUCUCCCCGCGUCAUUGAUGUACCCGCCGAAAGUCGCCUGCCGGCAUCCGUUGGCGCAACCUCAUCAACCUUUUACAACAACACCAAACUAUUCGCUUCCACUAGUCCGAUUGAACGGAAGCUUCAAAGACGGCGCCGGCCACAGGAUCAACGGGGACGGCUAUUCAAACUCACCAAGCAACAGAUUACAAUGCAAACGCUGCGUGAUAGCCCCGCCCCCCCAUAGAGGGCCCCCACUGGAAAACGGAAAACUAACGGCAGCAGCAUAGCAGCAACCAGGCAGUGCCAGUGAUGCUGAAUAGUCACAGCGAGCUCCAAGUGUUGUAUGCAUACUGAUUUUAGCAUUUUAGUACUGACGCAAAAUGUGAAUAUUUUAUCUAAUAACACACACACAAACAAAACAAUUGUUUCAUAGUAGUCUUAAACAGUAAGGAUAAACUUGAAUACACCCAAAAUGGAUACAAGUGUAUGAGAAUAA